AAAAUGAAAGAAGCACUAUGGAUUUGUACUCCUCACUGCCUGGAAAACACUUAAUGUGCAAAUAUUAGAGCCUGGGGUAGUUUCUUGUAGCAGUUAUUUAUUAUUUGUUAUUAUUUUUGUAGCAUUAUUUUCCAUGGAAAAUAUCAAGGUUGUAAAAGUUAAAUUUGGGGAAAUUUCAAACAUUGAAAUAGUUUGGCCCAAAAUGUAAACAUUUGGAUCAGAACAGUGCUUAUGUAGGAGGUGGCAUUAGGGUUCGUCGUGCCCUUAGCCGUCACUGUUGGCUGGGCUUUCCAGCAAGACUCCCGUCCCUUUGCCUCUGGUCGGGAGGAGAAGUCCCUCCCUAGUCACGGAUGCAGUCCCGCCGCUGGGGACUCUUCCAGCUCAACGGUUCUCGUCUCCAGGUGUGAAGUUGACCAAAUCGACCGUUCAUUUUUACGUUUGCUGUUUGUGUGGCAGAAAAGGUACAUUUUCUCCAAAGCUGGGACAUGAAGGCAAGCCAUUGGUUUUAAGGACACGUAGGGCCCCCGCUGGCAGGGGGAGAGCCCCGAGGCCCAGUGUCUUGGCCAGGGGGAGCCCAGCAGCCCCCCUCGGGCUGGGAGGCAGCCAAGCGCCCUGCCCACCGCUCCUUCCUCUUCCCGCUGCCCCCAGGGACAGGGCUCGUGGGAGCCUCCCUGAUGCCCCUUCUUAUUGGCCGAGCCUGACCACAGCUCCUCCCCCCUUUCUGUUACCCAACAAUGCAGCUGGCCAAUCAGUGCCCGAGGAGCCUGCAAAAUUUGCAUUUGUUGACAGGUUGCUGGGCAACGCUGGGGCUCUAAAGGCCAUGGUCCAUUGCCAUGGCACCGGAAAACGCUCGCUCUCCCCAGGCUGGCAGGGACCCACCGCUCCGGUGCCUCCGCUCAGCCACCACUGCCGUGCCCAGGGCUUAGCCUGCGGGGAUUAAGCGCUGGUUAAAAAGAAUCAACUUCGUAUGCCAGUAGCUUGUCUGGAUUUUCAAGUUUGUUAUAUCAGUGGUCAUGAAGUUGUCUUCCGGUAAACACUGAAUCAGAAAUGCUUGGAAGAAGGAGGUCAUGGAGAUAAAAAAACAGGUUUCAACAUCCAGCGUGUCAGAUCUUGCCAUAAUUUUGCCAGAAAUAGUGCAUCUAGAAGCUGAUCCCAAGCAAAGACGACCAGGCACUGCAAUAAUAUCAAAACACUCAGAUUCUUCAAACAUGUCUCAGACUCCACUGAAUCGACCAAUCAUCCCACCAAGAAGACCUGGCUUUAGAGUGUGUUAUAUCUGUGGCAGAGAAUUUGGGUCCCAGUCUAUUUCCAUACAUGAGCCCCAAUGUCUAGAGAAGUGGCGUAUUGAAAAUGAUCAACUACCAAAGCAUCUCCGAAGAGCAGAGCCCAGGAGACCUGAGGCCCUUGCUCGUGGCUCCUGUAGGCUUAUGGCUGAAAAAGAGGCAGCAUGUCAGAGUGCUCAAGCCCAGCUCUUGCCUUGUGAAAAGUGUGGCCGGACUUUCCUCCCUGAUCGUCUCACUGUGCACCAAAGGAGCUGCAAAGGAAACAGCAGUGGUAUGGGGCUGUCAAGUUCUAAACCUUAUAAAUCUGGUAAAGGCCUAAGCUUUGGGUCUGGCUCAGCAAGUUCUGAGCUGUUUGGUCAAGGUCAACAGAAGAGUGGGGCUGCACCAGCCAUAUCAGACAAGACACCAGUGAUAAGAUGGCCACCCACAAUUAUUUGUUACAUAUGUGGCCAUGAGUAUGGAACAAAAUCUAUCAGUAUCCAUGAGCCACAAUGCCUGAAAAAAUGGCAUCAGGAGAAUGACAUGCUACCCAAGCAUUUGAGAAGGCCAGAACCCAAGAAGCCUGAAGUCAGUUAUGUAGAAGCCAAAGGUUUCUAUGAUCUUGAUUCUUUAAACGAGGCUGCCUGGACCAGCGCCCAGAACCAGCUAGUUCCAUGUGAUAUUUGCGGGCGUACUUUCCUUCCAGACAGACUGAUUGUCCACCAGAAGUCAUGUAAACCGAAACCUGCAAAGUAAAGUGGAUGUAACACACAUGCAUACACAUGCAUUCACACUCACACACACACGUGUGUGUGUGUGUGUGUGUGCG